AUGCCGCCCCCCUUACUCAGAUCAAAUCCACUGUACACAGAAGAGGAAGAGCAGGAGGUAGUGAUAAUAGUGGACUCCUUAGAUGACUCCACCGAGGGUGAUGGACAAGAAGCACCACGCAUGCCGCGAAGAGCACCAUCUACGUCGUCAGGUUAUGGCAGCGCUGCAGGCAGCCAUGGGCGAGUCUCGCCGUCUUUACCAAAGAGCGAGCCGUUCCCAGAGCCAGUACACCUGUCCGGUCAAUUGUGCGCAGGGCCGGACAAAUCCGAUGGUUCCAAUACCACGUCCGAUUCGGACAGUCCAGUGUGUACGCUGUCGAGAAGUCUGAAGGAGGAUAUCAGGUCGUGUCUUGGAGGAUGCAGAUGGGAGAAAGACGUCGGAGACGUCGUGGAGGCCGCGGUGCGUGGCGCGGGAGGCAUAAGUGCGGCACGGGCUCGCUUACAUGCCGCUCUGCUUACCUUACAUGACGCCCCGCGGGUCCCCAAUCGGGGCCCUUCCUUGCCCUACUGCGGGCCUGGAGUGCGCCCCGGUGACGUCACUAUGAUGCCGAAGAACACUGAAAUGUCAUUACUAGCGCAGGUGAACGGUUUGUGA